CUUUCUACUGUCUCGGUCGUGCAUUUGUCGAUUUUAAUGAAGCUUUAAAAAUUGAGCUGAAUAAUGAAGAUAUGUUAAUUCUUCGUGGAGAAGCUUACUUGAAUUUAGAACUCAGGUCUGCAUCGAAAAAAUCCACUAUAAGUGAUCCAUCAUCCCAAACAUCUCGCAAAAAUAUCAAAA